AUGCUGACAGUAGCCAUCAAAGGGCAAGCGGCUAUAGAUUUCAUCUCGGAGCUAACCACCAUGAAGGACAACAAGGAGCACCCUGAGAUUGAGCAUGAGGUAACAAUGGCCCCCCAGAAUGUCGAGCCGGGCUGGAAGCUGUAUGUAGAUGGUUCUGUAACCAAAGAUAAGAGUGGAGCAAGAAUAAUAUUGGUAAGCCCGGAUGGGUUCAAAUACAAGUACGCCUUGAAAUUCAAGUUCUCCACAUCCAAUAACGUAGCUGAGUACGAAGCAUUGAUCGGGGGACUGCAGCUGGCACAAGAGAUAGGAGUCAAGAGUGUACGGGUGUUCAGCGACUCGCAACUGGUGGUGAAUCAGGUCAGCGAGACCUUUGAGGCCAAAGAACCGCAUCUAAACUCUUACCAGGCGCUGGCAAAGGCUCUCUUGCACAGGUUCGAGUCAGCAACGGUCACUCAAGGAAAAUAG